GCGAUGUGCCAAUGAAGUAGGGUUACCAGCGCCUUGCGAUACCUUUGCUCUUGUUGCCUGCGGUUUCCUGCCGACGAGCCGCAGCAUAUGCAAAGUCGUGCCAGCGGCCCACCAUCACCAGCACGGCAUACUUAAGAGUGUACGUGUUCACCGUGGCAAGUUGCACCACCCUCAGGGAAUGAAUCAUUUCUCCUACAAGUCUUCCUACUCUGCUCUGUUGUGAGGGCAUCUCCUAUUCCCCUUUGCCGACAUAGCAGAUAACAUCCAGAGGAGGUACAAACUAUGGAAAACAUAUCACUUGACAAUUUUCAGGAGAACUUCAAUUUUCGGGCCGAGCACGUAGAUAUCAAUGGAUUUCUAUCGAAGCAGGGUGUGGCCAACUUUCUAGGCAUUCCCUACGCCCAAUUCCCAGCUCGCUUCCGAACAGCCAGGCGUGUCGACCUUGAUCUCCUUGAUGGGCAACUGGAUGCGUCGCGAUAUGGGCCUCGCUGCCCUCAAAAGACUGACAAUAUCCACCCCAUGAUGCAUCAGAUGUUUGAGAAGUUGUCAACCUCGCAAAGGUGUGACGAGACCACUUGCCUGCACCUCAACAUAUACGCUCCGCCACAGUCCGUUGGUGCUACCGGACACUCGGAUUUGCCGGUCUUUGUUUGGAUACACGGAGGAGGGUUCAACAACGGUGACAACACGACGGAAUUCGAUGGCAACCAUCUUGUUCGCAGGUCGAUGGACAUUGGGAUGCCAAUCAUUAUCGUGACCCUCAAUUACCGUUUAAACGUUUUUGGCUUUCUGAGUUCUGGGGAGCUUGUACAAGAAGCGAUAUCCCUUGGUGAAAUUCCGAUUCUGAAUCAAGGUCUUAAUGACCAGCGACUUGGUCUUGAGUGGGUUCAAAGCUCGAUUCACCAUUUUGGCGGAGAUUCGUCCAGAGUUACUCUGUCCGGCGAGUCUGCCGGAGCCUCGUCGACCUUCUGCCAUCUGAGAGGCGGCCGUGCGCUCUUUCAGCAAGCCCUGAUCCAGUCGAGUCCGAGGCCACGUCUGAGGACGCUUGAGAAUGCACAGGUUACAUUCGAUCAACUUGCCAGAUUGGCAGGUAUAGCGGACCAUGCGACAGGUGCCGAAAAGCUGGCUGGCCUGCGAGCCUUGUCCGCAGAUCAACUUCUUGAAAUGUUCGACGGCAGCGUCUCACUUCCUAUUGACGACCCCAAUUGGUUAGAUCAGGGGGCUCAGCACGGGAAUAGCAGGUCGCCACCCUUUCAGAGUCACAUGCCUAAAUGGUGUUCGAGGAUCAUCUUAGGCCACACAAAGGACGAAGCUGCACUCUUUCUAACGCCCUAUCAGAAUCUGCCGGAUGCGGAGCUUGUUGAUCAUGUACGCAAACUGGUGCCGGAAAUCGCGAAUGAGGCCGUGUUCUCCAAGGGCAAAAGCGCUUUACAAGCACUUACCGAAUGGGCGACCGAGGAGACUUUUGUCAAGCCAACAAUCGAAACGCUUUCGCAUGUCGCUGAGCAGGGCACCACCGUCUAUGCCUAUGAAAUCUCCGUCGUUGAUCCUUUUCCAGGUCCGCUCCAUGGCUAUUCGUGGCACUCCUUUGGAGUACCGUUGACCUUCUGUCAACCUCCAGGACGAGUCUACCCUCACAUCAAGGCGACGCAAGAGAAGAUGUCCAAAGCGCACAUUGAUUUCAUCCACGGUCUCGAGCCAUGGGAGGCUUUCAAUGUUGGCAGGCGAAAGAUGUGCUGGAACGGAGAGCAAACGCACUUGGUGGGCACUUCAACGGCGGGAAGGAAGGAGGAAGGGAACAAGGGGCCGAAUCUACCGUGCAGAACAUCUGCAGAAACGGGGAUGGGGGUUAUUGCUGCGGCGUUGAAGAUGCAGACGUCCUAGGCUCGAUUUCGCCAUCGGUUCAGACACAGACACAUCUAUGCUUAGACCUGCCGCCGUAGCUGGCGUGUACAGUCAGCGCCCGUCUGUAGGUCGAAUUACGCUCGAAGGUGUGACGCCUAUAAGUUACUCUACAGACACGACUGCGAUAUUCUGUCGAGAUCCACACAAAUCGAUCAAAUUCUCUCGCCAAUGAUACACUCCAGAUCUCUACCAGGAUUCUUCUAUUACUGGUCUUCCAGCCUACGAGGCAUUUGUGUUUCUGAAAGGGAUGCCCAAAAGGAUUAUGUAUCCCAUAGACUACCUCCCUCUGAAGAAUCCCUCAGCAGAACCCGUCCUGCAGUCGUUCCUGGCGAAGAUUAGCUCCAACGACUGGACCGAACAAUCGAGUCUCUUCCUAUUGCUCUUCCAUCUUCUCAACCAGAUGCUUCUCCCACGUUCUCACUCUCUAGGCGUCAGACCUGUAAAGACUGGGAAAAGGGCUUUUGAGUAGGUGGUUCAGCCCACGUCAGGCAUGGACUUGAUCUCGAGUGUCUCUCUGAGCCAGUCGUCACAUAAAG